AUGCCUUCCAACAGACUCACAUACCGAAGACGGCAGCCAUACAACACCAAGUCGAACAAGGUCCGCGUGACAAGGACCCCCGGCGGCGAGCUCAGAUAUCUGCACAUCAAGAAGCGAGGCACUGCGCCCAAAUGCGGUGACUGCGGCAACAAGCUCUCAGGCAUCCCCGCCCUGCGCCCUCGCGAAUACGCCACCAUCUCCCGCCCCAAAAAGACCGUCCAGCGCGCGUACGGCGGCUCGCGCUGCGCCAACUGCGUCAAGGACCGCGUCACCCGCGCCUUCCUGAUCGAGGAGCAGAAGAUUGUGAAGAAGGUCAUGAAGGAGGCGGAGAAGAAGGGGGGCAAGAGGUAG